AUGAGCGACCACAACACCAACGCCGCCGACAGUCCCCAGCACGACGAUACAAAAGUAAAAGAUGCGACAGCGACACUACAAGAAUUCCAAUACCCGAUUUUGCCCUACACUACCACACUGGAUACGGUGGCGACGAGUCUGCGGCCGCUCGGAGAAAACCUCGCCUUCGACUUUGCCGACAGCGCCUUCAAAAAGAUCAAAGCCGAGUCAGUGUUUUCCGCCAACCUCGGCGCAGUACCAAGCACCCCAGCCAGCAUCUCUCGCCGUCGCCAUCGCACCACCUUCACCCAAGAACAACUCGGCCAACUGGAUGCCGCUUUUCAGAGGAGCCACUAUCCGGAUAUUUACGUUCGCGAGGAGCUGGCCAAGGCCACCGGGCUAAACGAAGCGCGCAUCCAGGUGUGGUUCCAAAACCGACGUGCCAAGCACCGGAAACAGGAGAAGCAGCUGAACAAGGCCAUCAACCCGUUCAACACCAGCCAAGCUGGAUCGAUCAUGCGUCAGGGUGUCUAUCCGGGAGCUGCUUUUGGGACUGUGCCAGGCCGAGAUGCUUUUUGGUAUCCUACUCGAUACCCACCACAGAUGACAUAUCCGGCUGCUACUCCACCGUACUCCACCCCAGCAGCCUUCUCCAACCCAGCCCUUACAAACUUCUCCCAAUCGAUCGCUUCAUUCUCCACUGGAACCGCCGAUGAAGAUUUUUACCAAAAAUCUCUUCUCUCCCGAAUGUCCGCCCAGGGCGUCAAUGUCCCAAAUCUAUCCAACCCCACAUCGCUGCCCUCAAAUAUCAAUGGCCAGCUAAACACGUACCCUCCUCCU